UUUGCAAUAAUACUGUGGGUUCAUUUCAGUGUGGCUGUAAAACUGGUUAUACUUUAAGUGACAAUAAAAUAACAUGCAAAGAUAUUGAUGAAUGUGAUCUUGGCAUUUCUGGUUGUAAUCACACAUGUAUUAACACAGAAGGCAGUUACUACUGUGAAUGUGAAUCUGGCUAUUAUUUAAAUUAUGACAAUCAUACAUGCAUAGAUAAUGAUGAAUGUGCAAUGGGUACUGACACAUGUGAUCAAGUUUGUAUCAAUGUUCCUGGCUCAUUUAAUUGUUCAUGUCAUACUGGUUAUCUUUUGAAAUCUAAUGGGAUCACAUGUCAAGAUAUUAAUGAGUGUCAAACUAUUCCUGGCAUUUGUGAACAUACUUGUAUCAAUACUGAUGGUUCAUUUUACUGUGCAUGUAACAAUGGAUUCACUUUGAACACCACAACUAACACAACUUGUAUUGAUAUUGAUGAAUGUCGUAAUCAGCACAAUUUUUGUGAUCAAAAAUGUAAUAACACCAUUGGCUCCUACUUAUGUUCCUGCAAUACAGGAUAUGAGCUAUGGGCAGAACAUAAUUGUUUUGAUAUCAAUGAAUGCAAUGAUAAUAAUGGAGGCUGCUCAGAUAUAUGCAUUAAUACUGAAGGUAGUUAUCAUUGUCAGUGUCUUGAAGGAUAUCAGUUGAUUGAUAGCAAAAAUUGUGAAGAUAUCAAUGAAUGUAAUACUAAUAAUGGAGGGUGUGAUCACAACUGUACUAACACUAAUGGAAGUUUUGAAUGUUCUUGUACUACUGGCUAUCAUUUAUGUGACCAUUUAUAUUGCAUAGAUAUUGAUGAAUGUCUACAUAAAGAUGGCUUGUGUGGAGAUAUUUGUCACAAUACUGAAGGAAGUUAUGAAUGCAAGUGCCAAACAGGAUAUUACUUGGGCGAUGAUAAUUAUGCUUGUCAUGAUAUUAAUGAGUGUUCAAUGGAAGAUAACGCAUGUGCACAUUACUGUGAGAACAAUAUAGGUAGUUACAGGUGUUACUGUUUCUCUGGACAUCAGUUGGACACUGAUGGUCAUGCUUGCAUAGGUUAGUACUUGACAAUUUCAUGAGUCCACUUGUGUCAA